CGCUACAUGCGACACGUAUCAGAUCAUCUUCUCGUCUCCAGUCGGGCGGGGUCAUUCAUCUUGAUUUCUCAAAUGUCGCAUGUGAGCCUUUACCAGCUGUUGCAGUGGGACUUUCAGUAACAUUCCCGUACACUUGCCUGCUUCGAUAUCAUCGGUUCUCUGCAGCCAUGAAUCAAGGUUCCGCUUCAAUACCUGCCUACUUCAAUACUACCCACAAGCUACCAUUGGACGUUUCCGAGCAGUUGUUCUAUCCUACAUUUUUACAAACAGAGUUUCUAGCAUGGCUGGACCCCAGAAAAUCUUGGCAGCUGCAUAUCCACGGUGGCCCAGGGCGUGGCAAGAGUACCUUGGCCGCCGUUUUCUCUAGGUAUUUGCGAGAGUACACGAAGCUUCCCGUAGCGACUUUGUACAUCGAACAAAUUACUCAGACCAGCGGCUUGGGAAUUUGCGCUGAGGAUGUUAUGCACAUGGUAACCGGGCAGCUGCUCCCAGCCAUACCUUCCCCAAGACCGCAAGUCCCGCAGAGAGACUCAAACGAAAAUUCAUUGCAACCUCUACAAGAUGCACUCACUCAUCUGUCUUCACAAAGUUCAAUCGCAUUCAUCAUCAUAGACGGGUUGGAUUACCUACCGUCUCCCGUUCAAAGUAGUCUGGAAACUCUCCUGCAAGGAUUGCAUAACGUCAAGAUAUUAGCUACAAGGCGAUCCCCAUUUCUCGAUUCACGUAGCGAAUGCUUUUGGGCAUGCGACAGCUGCACAGAAGGCGAUGUGAUAGAUCCGCUCAAUCUGUACUGGGAAUGCGAGCUCUGCGCCUCACUGUCAGAUCAGAUACCGGACUACGCGGAGCCCCAAACGCGUUGGAAUCUAUGCUAUGAAUGUCAUAACAAGGGUAUAGUAUGUCCCGUACAAGGGCACGAAAAUUCUCUGAUCGAACCCUAUCGAUACGUCAAUCUCUUGGUUCGCACUCUCAGCUUGAGCGAGCUUAUCAAGCAAGAUCUAUACCUACAAACUGGAGUAUCCACUGCUGCCAAUGCAGUAGAUCAGGACGAAAUCUACAGUCCUAUACAGAAUAUCAUGUAUGGUAACAUCAACCACGCAAAACUUCGGCUUGAUCAUGACCGAGAGCUGCUGAGUAUGCAGAAUGACAAGAACGAUCGACUCCCCAGUACUAUAGUUGCCUACUUUGACACGGAGCUGGAAAGGAUCGAACCGAACGACCCAUCACUGAGAGCACUGGUUAUGAUAGCUUUGGCAGCCACUGUGCCUCGCGACCAUCUGCCCCCCAACGAUGACGAUUCUAAUAUCGAUGAGAUAGAAGAGGUGCUCGCAAGAUGCGAUGGGGCAGUGACCGAUACAGACAUGACCAGUCAGUGGCCAAAUCUAAUGAGAGCGCUUCGUGCAGCACGUGGUCUCAUAUAUUUGGCCGAUCGCGAUGUACAUUGCUACGACGUAGACUUCGCAAAAUAUGUCGCCGAGGAUUGUAGCAGGGAUCUGAUUGAAGCGUACCAGCAGUUGGAUGUCAUACAGAAAGCAAUUGCAGCCGAGUGUUCAGAAGCGGAUGCAAUGUUUGCGGAAAGCGAAACUACGGCAAAUCUGGACAUAGCCGGCGAUUACCGGCCAUAUCACUCAAGUCUGAACGCACAGUUCUCUUCACUGGAUGACGGCCUAUAUCUUCCAGGAAAUGAGAAUUUCACAUCAACAAGCUCGCCUCCACCUACAAUUUCUCGAGGAACGAGUGCGGAUAGCGAUAACUCUGCGUCGAUCUCAAUAUCUUCAGUCUUUUCGCGUACCAGCACAAUCUCUUCGGUCAGCCCUCCAGAUGAAGUGGAUGAUUUCGUCGAAGACAAGACCCCAAGCAAUACAUUGGAAUCCGAAGAGAUAUCGCGGUCGAAGACUAUAUGCACCUAUUGCACAGAAAACAUAUUGGAGAGUAACUCGUUGCAAGGACUUCACAGAAAAGAUAGUAUUCAGUCAACCUCCUACACAAGCUCGCAGUGCUUGUUUUGCUCCACAAUCUACGAGUCUGAAAGCAUUGAUCCGGCUGGAAAACAAGAAGAAAAUGCAAGCUCUAUCCCGACUAUUUGCAAUUGGAGUUUACGGACAAGGGGUCGUAUCUCAAACCACGGGGACACACACUCGAUCAUCUUUCAGGAAUCCUCAUCGCAAGCACCAGCCAAGAGAUUUCACAUGCUGAUGGAACAAGACGUUUGUCGAGUAGCACGAGUAGAUGAUUUGGGGAAUUCCACACAUCCUCGAAAUACGGGUGAACAGAUCCGAACGUGGAUAUCAGCAUGCGACCACACGCAUCCCUAUUGCGUGCAGAUAGAUCCCGAGCCUUACACACCUAAGCGUCUCGUCGAUAUUGAUACAGGCUCGAGAGAUAUGAUUAGGGUGGUCAAUACUGCUAAACAUGGUAUUCGAGGACCGUACGCAACCCUUAGCCAUUGCUGGGGCAAAACUCGCUUUCUUGUUCUUCUUCCUGAUAAUGAAGCCCUUCUCAUGGGCAAGGGGAUAUCCACCUCCGAACUUGCCUUGAACUUCCGGGAAUCGAUCGAAGUGGCACGGUCUAUUGGAAUGAAGUACAUCUGGAUCGACUCGCUAUGCAUCAUGCAAGGACCUAGGGGUGAUUUUGUAGAGCAAGGGCAAUUUAUGCACAAAGUUUAUCGAUCUUCGUACUGUAAUAUUGUCGCGGCCGACUCGGCAGAUAGUGAGGGUGGGCUUUUUCGAGAGCGAAACCCUAGCGAUAUCGUCCCAGCCACAUACGAAGCGGAUGACGAGUCGCGGUUUGAGAAGGGAACAUGGAGAAUUCUCGACGAGAACCUUUGGAAUAAGGAACUUCUGGGGAGUCCUAUUUACACCCGUGCUUGGGUAUUCCAAGAGCGCAUGCUGUCCCCUCGACUCCUCCACUUUACCAAAUCACAAAUCUUUUGGGAUUGCAGUACGCUAAGUGCCUGCGAAGCAAUUCCAAAGGGUCUCCCACACGCCGUAGACAGACAUGCAGUCGUGGACCGGCACUGGCGCGGCCGUCUCAACGAAACUGUCGACGACCCAAACAGUCCCCCGCUGAUAGGCCCCAACGCCGAUUCACUGGAGAACUUCUGGAAAACAGCUCUACUCCGCUACACGAAGUGUAACCUCACGGACCAAAAGGAUAAGAGAGUGGCAAUAUGGAGUGUGGCGAAGCUAGUCCGCGACGCGCUGCAGCGCAAAGGUCCGGGCGAGGAGUACGGCGGCGGCCUCUGGGCUCGCAAUCUACACGAGCAACUAGCCUGGCGAGCCGCAUCUCCAUUCAAGAACGCGAGAUUGGAUAAACUGCAGAGUGGAUCACCGAGCUGGUCAUGGGCGUCAGUCAAAGGCCCCAUCCACGUCCAAGAUCGAUUAGUGAAUGAAAGGGAUUACGUUGUAGAAAGUCACCAAGGCGAACAUAUCGCUUUCAGGGUCAAAACUGGGAGUCGAGACAAAGAGCCGGAAUUGCAAGGGACUGGCUCCAUCGACAUGAACUGUUAUCUUGGACGCAGUGCUAUCGUUAAGAACAAUUCAUUCCUGACACAUCGACUCACGCUCGGCGAAGAAGUUUCAGACACGAUACAUGUAUUUCUCGACGAGACGCCAGAGCUGGAAAAUUUGCAAUCGAUGGAAUGCCACUUUGUCAUACUGGCUGCGAGUCUCGAUCGCCACCACAAAAUAACGCAGACUUCGUAUUCAGGUAUAGGGCUUGUUCUGGUCUCGCUCGACGCGUACAAGAUGCAGCAGCAAGCCAAGCUCACUGCGCUGGAGACUCUCAGAGCUGAAGGGCAAAGAACGGGUGUGGUAGACGAGGAAUUAGACAAUUGGUACGAAGCUUGCUCGGUUUGGAAUCAGGAGCUUUUGGCACGAUGCGAGUCGCUUGAUGUAUCGGAGCCGCAUUUCCGCAGGAUCGGGGCGUUGCAAUUCAGCGGCAUGUCUGCCAAUACUUGGGCGCAAAUUUCUGAUCCUGGGAGGAGUAAGUUUUGGUUGGAUUGA